AUGAAGUCGUCUGCUCUGCUCUGCUCUAUUCUGCUGCUGACCGUGUUCGCAGUGAUGGUGGAACUGGUUCAGGUCCAGGAGGAAGAAAAACUGGUUCAGCCACGAGAGCCCGACUGUAGCCGCCUGGAGGCUGGGAGCUGCACCAAAGAGUUUGACCCUGUGUGUGGCACUGACGGCAAAACAUACAGCACCGAGUGUGUGCUCUGCCAGAUCAACAGGCAACAGAAGCAGCAGGUGAAGGUGCUGAGGCCAGGCCCCUGUGUUUGA